UCCCGGGAGCCGAGCAGGCUCGCGCGCGUGCAUCCCGCACCAUUCCCCGGCCCCCGGCCCCGGCCCGCGUCAGACUGAGCUGGCGCCGCCGCCGCCACAGCAGCAGCAGCGCUCGGGGAUCCGGACCCAGCCGGGGCCGCGGGAGGCGGGGGCGCCCGGGCCCUGGAUGUCCCGCAGCGCAGCGGCCAGCGGCAGACCCAGGAGGCCUGAGCAGCAUCUGCCCCCAGCCCCCUGUGGGGCCCUGGGGCCCCCAGAAACCUCCAGGACGGAGCCAGACGGGGCGGGCACCAUGAACAAGUUACGACAGAGCCUGCGCCGGCGGAAGCCAGCCUACGUGCCUGAAGCGUCGCGCCCGCACCAGUGGCAGGCGGACGAGGACGCGGUGCGCAAGGGCACGUGCAGCUUCCCGGUCAGGUACCUGGGCCACGUGGAGGUGGAGGAGUCCCGGGGGAUGCACGUGUGUGAAGAUGCUGUGAAGAAGCUGAAGGCGAUGGGCCGGAAGUCUGUGAAGUCGGUCCUUUGGGUGUCAGCCGAUGGGCUCCGAGUGGUGGAUGACAAGACCAAGGACCUGCUGGUCGACCAGACCAUCGAAAAGGUCUCCUUUUGUGCUCCCGACCGCAGCCUGGACAAGGCCUUCUCCUAUAUCUGCCGCGAUGGGACCACCCGCCGCUGGAUCUGCCACUGUUUCCUGGCACUCAAGGACUCCGGAGAGAGGCUGAGCCACGCUGUGGGCUGUGCCUUUGCAGCCUGCCUGGAGCGGAAACAGCGGCGGGAGAAGGAAUGCGGGGUCACGGCUGCCUUCGAUGCCAGCCGCACCAGCUUUGCCCGCGAGGGCUCCUUCCGCCUGUCUGGGGGUGGGCGGCCUGCUGAGCGAGAGGCCCCCGACAAGAAGAAAGCAGAGGCAGCAGCUGCCCCCACUGCGGCUCCCGGCCCUGCCCAGCCUGGGCACGUGUCGCCGACACCGGCCACCACAUCCCCUGGUGAGAAGGGUGAGGCAGGCACCCCGGUGGCUGCAGGCACCAGUGCGGCCGCCAUCCCCCGGCGCCACGCCCCCCUGGAGCAGCUGGUUCGCCAGGGCUCCUUCCGUGGGUUCCCAGCGCUCAGCCAGAAGAACUCACCUUUCAAACGGCAGCUGAGCCUACGGCUGAAUGAGCUGCCAUCCACGCUGCAGCGCCGCACCGACUUCCAGGUGAAGGGCACAGUGCCUGAGAUGGAGCCUCCUGGUGCCAGUGACAGCGACGGCAUCAAUGCUCUGUGCACACAGAUCAGCUCAUCUUUCGCCAGUGCUGGUGCACCAGCCACAGGGCCACCACCAGCCUCAGCAGGGACUUCUGCUUGGGGUGAGCCCUCCGUGCCCCCUGCAGCUGCCUUCCAGCCUGGGCACAAGCGGACUCCGUCGGAGGCCGAGAGGUGGCUAGAGGAGGUGUCCCAGGCGGCCAAAGCCCAGCAGCGGCAGCAGCAAGCGGCCUCGGCGCCCGCCGUGGCCCCUGUCCCGCAGCCCUUCCCUGCGCCCUCGGCGCCCGCCGUGGCCCCUCCCUUCCCUGCGCCCUCGGCGCCCGCCGUGGCCCCUGUCCCACAGCCCUUCCCUGCCCCCGUGGGGCCCUUUGAUGCCGCGCCUGCCCAGGUGGCCGUGUUCCUGCCGCCUCCACACAUGCAGUCCCCUUUCGUGCCCGCCUACCCAGGCUUGGGCUACCCGCCCAUGCCCCAGGUGCCCGUGGUGGGCAUCACACCCUCACAGAUGGUGGCCAACGCCUUCUGCUCGGCCGCCCAGCUCCAGCCCCAGCCCGCCACCCUACUUGGGAAAGCUGGGGUCUUCCCACCCCCUGCCGCGCCCAGUGCCCCUGGGGGCCAGGCCCGCCCACGCCCCAAUGGGGCCCCCUGGCCCCCGGAGCCAGCCCCCGCCCUGGCCCCCGAGUUGGACCCCUUUGAGGCCCAGUGGGCAGCCUUAGAAGGCAAACCCGCUGUAGAAAAGCCUUCCAACCCCUUCUCGGGCGACCUGCAGAAGACCUUUGAGAUUGAACUGUAGCCCGAGCCACCCUGCCCACCCGUCAUCUCCAGGUGCCCCACGCCUGGGAGUGGAGGCGCAACCUCUCCCCCAGUCCUACUCCGACACCCCCUCUAACCCUUCUUUUGACCACCCCCCACAACCACUACAGAACCAACAUUGUGACACCCAGGUUGCAACAGGAUGGAAUUCAGGGACGGACCCAGCCUGGCGAAGGGACCAAUUUCACUGCCGGACUUAGGCUGGCAGUGCCCCUCUCCCCCCACCCCAGACGCAGGGGGAUGGCCACAGUCCCACUGAGUGCCCUCCGUUCAAGUUACGUUUCCCAAUUUCUGUUAUUGACCUUCCACCUUCCAGUAUUGGGUGGGAUGGAGGAGGGGGCUCUCCUGGGCCCCACACCAGUGCCCACCCCAAGUCUGGUGGUCCCCCCCACCCAUACACAGCACAAGCAAAGGGCUUCCCUCUGCCCAUCUGCUGCGUUCACUGCCAAUGCUGUGCUCACCCCUGUCGCCCCUCCCCCCAGCAUGGGGGGCCCACAUCUUCCUUGGGCCAAGGUCUCAUGGGGACAGGAACCAAGUUGGGGGCCCAGGAGGCAGGGUAGGGGGAUGGGGAAGGAG